AUGUUGAACACCGUGUCGAUUGCCACUGUCGCUGCGGAGAAUGCGCACACUCAGACUCACGUCCACCGAUCAAAAGAGUGCUACGGGUGUUACAAGAAGUACGCAUUUGACUCCGCGAUUCUGGAUCACCUCGAGUAUGAUACAUGCCCUUCUGGAGUUACCCUCGAAAAUAUCAACUGGUGGGCAUUUGAAUGCUACCAGCAUCGCUACUACACUAAUAACUGGGAUGACGAGUAUCAGUACCGAUGUCCAAGGAAUCACGACAACUUCAAAUACGUUAGCGCCUUGCUACGGCAUACAGAAAGUCCAACUUGUGGCGCUAAUCAAGACAGAUGUAUUCAAAAGGUGAAGGCUUACAUUGAGAAAAAAGUGAGAGAUCUCGAGUCCUCGGCUUCAUCAUAG